CACCGCUAUGUUAUCAAGGAGAGUAGCAUGUAGGCCUAAAUUCGCACGCUGUGGCGAAGGUUUGACCCCAGUAUCUGCCAAUGUAGCUGACAUGUCAUCCGAAAUGUUACUCGGGCGUUAUACAGACAACUGUCGUCGAGAGAAGCGGUGAAGAGCAAUAGCUCCAUGCGCUGAGAACGGACGGUGGAAUAUACACCAGAGAGUGCACUGGAUAUUCCGAGGGGCGACUAGACUGACCCCCCUCUCACUCUCCCUCCCUCCCUCACUCCAGUCUCUCCCUCGCGCAGAGUUUUCCGUCCUGUGUCAGGAUAACAUCGCUAACAAAGAGCAUUUCUGGCGCUUAGAAACGGAACAAAUGGAAGCAGUUGAAAAAACUCUCACUUACCGAGAGGACACAGGACCUAAUAGAAAGCUGCUCCCUGGAAAUAAAGACAAGGACAAGUGCAACCCUGAGACAAAAAGUGACGAAUCCAAUUACGUUGAUUUGGAUGACUUACUUGAUAUGAAAUCAGAGGGCACAAAAACUGUUAAAGUGACUUUUACCGGUGACGGUAACCAGCUGGCGGUAUUCAAAUGCAACAGUGAUACAUCCAGAGAGAGGAGCCCCGGGUUUCGCGAGAUUGAUGACAAUGUGGAUCACAUCUAUAAGGAAAAAUCGAAGGACAACUGGGCAGAUAGGCCUGUCUCGGAAGAUCCCCCCAUGGACACGUAUUUGACAGAAUUUAACAGUAAUGUGGACUUGGAAAAUGCCAAUACGACAGAACUCCAGAGCGAAAUUGUGCCUGGUGAUUAUAAUGUGCCCAGCGAGUGUGAGGAGUUACAAUACACGGACAUGUAUUUGAACAGUAAGACCGAAUCGGACGACGGUGAGAGCGUAGUAUUGUCAGACCAUUGUGCGCCUGAUACCGUGAUAGACGAAUCGCACUACAUUACAACGCACGAAAUCCAACUCACAGAGCUUGACCAUGAUGUCGAUUAUGAUUUUGGACGGGGAACCUGUUGGGAUAUUGAGGAAGAUAAUCUGGUUUAUUCAUUUGUGGAUUAUGCCUCUUUUGAAAGCGAUGAAACAACGGAGGGAACUUUGAUAGACCUAGUGGAUAGGAGGAGCCAGGCGAAAGUGAAAAGCAACAAGGCGCAAUGUAAUAAUGCGCACCAACGUGUUGCUGGUUGUGCAGUUGUCAGCACUGAGAGUGAAUUGUGUGACACUGACAAAUGCCCCAGCUCAGAUGAAAGUAUUUGUAAAAACCAAAACGGUAGUGGGAAUUCGGCGGGGCAAAUUCACCUGUCAAUCAAGACCUCAUCCAGAGCGAUAAACGACUCUAACAAUAUCCUUGGGAAUGAAAACAUUUGUUAUCAUACCAAGCAUGUGGGAGACAGGAGUCACUCAUUUUUUACAAGCACUGACGCCAGAGCAGAAGCCUUGUGCGAUAGAUCCCAAUAUUUUAUCCCAGCCCCGGGACGUCAACACUUUGCAACUAAAUUAAGAGGGAAAGAUGUUAACGAAUAUUCCAGCGGUGCGUCAAGUUCGAUAAGUGAACUGGAUGACGCUGAUAAAGAGGUGCGUAAUUUAACCGCCAAAUCCUUUAGGAGUUUAGCAUGUCCCUAUUUCGAUGCUAUAAAUUUGAGCACUUCAAGUGAGUCUUCAUUGUCAGAAUAUGGGCUUGGCUUAAACAAGUGGUCAGCUUUCGUUGACCUUAAAUAUGGUAAUAUGUCACAGGGCAGAGAGCAAAAUCUAAUCGCCCAUAAGAGUGCAACUGCAACUUUUGAAAUGAGCAAGAACGCAGACUAUAAGAGUAUAAAUGGUAUGGCCAUAAGCAAUAAGAAAGGGCCCCAAACCAAGAUGUUUUCUUUGAAUACAAAAAUAUCUAGUCCACAACAUGCAUCUUCCUCUGCCCAAAACGUAGAGCUUACAGGCCCAUUUGAACCAGGCAGUGAGGUUAUCACUUUGACAAAGACAUUGAAUUUUCACUGUAAUGUUGAAGCGGGGUCACCUGAACGCGGGAAGCCUCCCAAAUAUUCCGAAAAUGCGUCAGGAGCUCGUUCCAUGGAUGAAGUUACCGGCACCUUGCCAGCCAAGCCGGGAUAUGAAGUAAGCUACCAACACAGUGACGCGGGUGAUAGCAUGGAAGGCACACAUAAGAAGGCAAGUUUCGCAUCAAGUCUCUUAAAAAAUGUAAUAUCCAAAAAAAUGCAAUUUGAACAGGAGCGCAAGAUGGAGAGGGGGGAGAUACAGGACACGCAUCCCACGCACUCCCCAUGCUUUCAAUGCAAGGAUCAAGAUGGGAUAAGAGAGAGGGAUACAGAGAGAGGCCUGCAUAGGCAAUCCUCAGAAUCGGGUUCGGCAUACACAAGCAAUUCUGCUGAUGAACAAGGGGCUGUGGACAGUAGACCUAGUUCUUGUGACCCCAAAGAAGAGCGUACUGAGGCCUUAGAAAGCUUUCAGCCCAUAAAUGAGGCACGAUUAGAUUCUCAAAAGGAUGCAAGAGGAUCCCUGAGCCAUAGCCAAAACAGCGCAUUCAAAUCAUGGAGGGAUGGUGAGCCAGAGCCCCAAAAGGAACAUGAAAUUCGUACCGUUUUAGAUGGGACACCCUCGACAACAGAUAAUACGGGGGAAAGGGAGUUAGACAGCAGAGCUUUAAGUAGCAAGCUGACUAAAUUGUCACACUUGUUUGUUCCAAGUUCCCAGCUUCUCCCUAAAGAUAAGGAAUUGAGAGAACAGGUGUCAGACAGUACUUUAGUCAGGGCGCAAAAAGAGCAACGGGGGGGACGGGGAGAGAAAGUUUAG